GACCCUAUAUGUCCUGUUGAUGAAGUUAGGUGCUGUUCUGAGCAUUAUUUGUGGCUAUAGAGUGGCGUUUUGGUUGGGGGCGUGUCUCUCUGUAUUUCUAUCCUGCGGUCGUUACUAAAGUUGGUAUAACUAGAGAAGGAAGCGGUCGGUAACAUUCAUCUCUGGAGGGGGCGGGGUCUAACUCGGGGUUACGGUUUGACCCUGAAUUAGUUCAAAUCCCUUUUUAAGGUCAGAGGGACGGCCCAGGAAACUCCGCCUCUCUCUGCUGUCGACACGCAGACACAGGUUCUCAGAGACCCUCAGUAAAGAUGGCUUCUGUUUGUGUUCAGGCAGAACCAGCUGGCCAAGAUGACCUCUGACCUUUGUGAGGAUGGAGGAGACAAGCAGAGAGAGAAGGAGACUCAUGUGUCCUCCAAAGCCUCCUCUGUGUCUCCUCUGUCAGCAGGGACAUCGAUGGAGCUGCCUGGACCCUGGACCAGUCCGCUCUCACCUGUACGUCAGACCGAGUCCUGACCGCCAUCACCUGAGUGACACACCUGUGUAUACACACACACACACACACACACCCACACCUGUGCGUCUGUCUCUGCAGGAGGAGGACGGCGGUGGCGGUGGCAGGGGCGGCGGCCUCAGACCUCUACGCUCUCCUCCUGGACUCGGAUUCCCCUCCAUGAGUCAGCUGACCAACAACGACAGCAUCAGCAACUGGCUCCGCCUCCUGCUGGAGGCCGACGAAGUCUCAGGUGAGGUCCCAGGUGAGGUGAGGUUUUUCAUUUUCAGACUUUAAUUCAGUUCAAAUUAAAUACAAACAUUUAAAAAAACAGAAGAAAACUCUUUAGAGUCUGAACCUCUUUAAAUAUUCAUCAAAUCAAAAUAAACACGAGCUGCAGGCCGACACCACCAACAGACCAAGUCUACGGUCACCCUGCAGGUCAGUUCUGAUUGGUUCUGAUCCGACCCUCUUCUGUAUGUGGAUAUAAAUCAGAUAUGUAUCUGAUGUGACUGCAGUGUGACGCUCAGGUCGCGUUUAUCCGACCUUUACGUCAUCAAUAUGAGACAAACGUCACCGUUGAUCGACAACACAAACAGGAGCGGAGAGAUAUUUGUGUUCAUGUGGGUCACUUCACGGACGUAUUUGUUGUUGUAAUGUGAACGACCAACAAAAAGAUCGGAUUGAACAAAAAAUCAGAAUUGUUCAUCAGAACCUGCAGAGUGAACGAAGCUUCUUCUGUAUCAGACGGAGCUGUUUGACGUGUUUCGAAGUUCUUCCACCUUCAUCACGACCAUCAUGUGACUCUGAAGGUGGAGGAGUCGGUGGAAAUGUGUCGGGUCAGAAAGAAAACAGCUCCGUCUGAAACAGAAGAAGAAAAGUGAUGAUCUAAAAAGAAUAAACUUGAUUCCCUCAGACUGAGAUCAUCACAUUCCUGUUUUUAUUCGACACUCUGACCCGGUUUUCGUCCUGUGGAUCUGGACUCUGAUUCAGUUUUUCUUUCUCUUAGAUCUGGGCUCUGAUGACCAGCAGGUUCCAGUGUUCUCGGACCAGCUCCUGUGGAACCCGUACUGAACCAUGGUGGAUCAGUGGGUGCGGUCUCUGGUCUGGUGUGGGUCCGGUUCUCCUGUUCGUUGGUCUUUUUAAGAUGAUUGAAGGAUGUGAUUGGUCGGUUUCUGGUCGAUCAGCCCUCCAUGGUCUUCUCUGCUCAGAGGACUGAUGGGAACCUGAAGGCUCCUGGUCAGGUGUGGUGGUGGUGGGGGCGUGGUCUUGCGUUUCCACGGUGAUGUUUGUUUGUUUGUUUGUUUUCAGCACUUGUUGUUCUCGAUGAUCCUGCACUGAAGGAAAAUCUGUUUUUUUUUUUGUCCUUAAACUCACUGAUUUAGUUUCUUUAAAGCUCCACCCCUUCAGGUCUCUACUGUCUGUUCACCUUCACGCUCCACCCGCCCACCUGUCAUGGUCGUCGUCGUCGGGCUCGUCCUCCUCUGGGCCGCCAUGUUUUUUCUCAAAAACUGAACCCUGAGCGUGGAGGAGGAGAAACGGCCGUGUCUUUGUGUUUUUCUUUUAUUUUUGUGUUUCUGAAGUUUCUGUCGUUUGCGGCGCUUAAAUAUGGAGAGCGAAGCUGAAAGAUGAAGAUGUGAUUAAUAAAGAUGUAAAUAAAGUGUGAAAAAUUCUCA